CUGCUAUCCGCCUGGUGGUCAGAGUAUGAAACUUCCGCGGUGCCGAACUAAACACUUUUGACAGUUCGACCUCUUUUCCGGUGUUCUUUAAACGCAACACAUCAAAAUGUUUAUGCCAAAGCAGCAUCGCGUAGCUAUCUACGAGUACCUCUUCAAGGAAGGUGUUAUGGUCGCCAAGAAGGACUUCAAUGCCCCCAAGCACCCCGAAUUGGAGAACAUUCCCAAUCUGCAUGUCAUCAAGACUCUUCAGUCGCUGCAUUCACGAGGAUUCGUCUCGGAACAGUUCGCCUGGAGACACUACUACUGGUAUUUGACAAAUGAAGGCAUCGAAUACCUGCGGUCGUACUUGCAUUUGCCCCCAGAAAUUGUGCCAGCUACACUGAAGCGCACAACCCGCUCGGAGACGGCUCGUCCACGUCCCACAGCUGCUCCACGCUCGGACUCUACAAAGACCGGCGAAGACCGCUCCUCUUACCGAAGGGUACCCGGAGCCGCCGACAAGAAGGCUGACGUUGGUGCUGGUACUGGCGAUGUUGAAUUCCGUGGAGGAUUCGGUCGUGGCUCCCGACCCCAAUAAAACAGUUUGUAAGGACGAAUAAAAGAAUAAUUUUUAAACUGUGA